AUGCCCCGCAGCAGCCUGCGCGCCGUGGCCGUCCUCCUGCUCUUGAUCUUAAAGGAACAGCUUUCCAGCGCAGCCCCACUCAACGGGUUCGACUGGACCUACAUUGGUCCUGCUGGGGAGAAGAGCUGGCCCAAGAACUACCCGUCCUGUGGGGGCCUGAUGCAGUCCCCAAUAGACCUGCACAGUGACAUCCUCCAGUACGAUGCCAGCCUGGGGCCCCUUGAGUUCCAGGGCUAUAACGUGUCUGCCAACGAGCAAUUAACCCUGACCAACAAUGGCCACUCAGUGAAGCUGAAGCUGCCCCCGGGCAUGCACAUCCGGGGCCUGCCAUCCCGCUACAGUGCCACACAGCUGCACCUGCACUGGGGGGACCAGAAUGACCCCCACGGCUCCGAGCACACUGUUGGUGGGAAGCACUUCGCUGCCGAGCUGCACAUUGUCCAUUAUAACUCGGACCUGUACCCCAACGCCAGCACCGCCAGUAACAAGUCAGAAGGCCUCGCCGUCCUAGCUGUUCUCAUAGAGAUUGGCUCCUUCAAUCCUUCCUAUGACAAGAUCUUCAGUCACCUUCAGCAAGUCAAGUACAAAGGCCAAGAAGUGCACAUUCCCGGCUUCAGCAUUGAAGAGCUGCUUCCCGAGAGGCCGGCCGAGUACUAUCGCUACAAAGGCUCCCUGACCACGCCGCCCUGCAGCCCCACGGUGCUCUGGACGGUGUUCCGGAACCCCGUGCACAUCUCCCAGGAUCAGCUGCUGGCUCUGGAGACAGCUCUGUACUGCACACAAGAGAAUGACCCAUCCCCCAGGGAAAUGGUCAACAACUUCCGGCGGGUGCAGAAGUUUGAUGAGAGGCUGGUGUACAUCUCCUUCCAACAAGAGCGAGACCUCACCUCCGCAGGACUGAGCCUGGGAAUCCUUCUUUCGGUGGCCCUGGCUUGCAUUCUCGGCAUCGGCAUCGUCCUGGCGGUGGCCAUCUGGCUUUUCAGAAGGAAGAAGAGCAGUAAGAAAGGUGGCAGCAAUAAAGGCGUCAUUUACAAACCGGCCCUCAGGAAGGAGGCGGAGGCCCACGCCUGAGGUCCCAGCACUGCAGGCGCCGAGGACGGACUUUGCUUUGGAUGCUUUCACAUGGCGGCUCCCUGGACACUGGAACUACCUGAAGGUUCUAUGCAGCUCACCCCACAAACACCCCAGACCCGUGGGGGCCUCUAGCUGGGUGCCCCCCACCCUGAUGCUCGGCCUCUCCCAGGGCGAACGUGGAUGGGAGAGCUCGCCCAGGAGCAGGAACUCGGAGCUGUGUGCUUCAACUGUGUGAGACCAGAAGAGGU